AUGUCGAGGACGAGAGCGAGCAGACGGAUAAGGAUGAGACCGGCGAUGACCCGCCGGGCUCAGGCGAGGAUUCGGCGGACACGAAGAAGCCGAAGCCGAAGGCCAAAGCAAAGGGGAAGGCANNGGAAGGCAAAGGCCAAGGCUAAGGCUUUGCCGAAGGGCAAAGCCAAGGCCAAGGCCAAAGCCAAGGCCAAGGCCUUGGGGAAGAAUGGGAAGUCCCAGGCGAAAGCCAAGCUUGAUGUGCAGCCGCCGAGCGAGGAGGCCAAGCUUGAUGUGCAGCCGCCGAAUAAGAAGGCCAAGCUUCAGGCGGGGUCGGCGGGCAAGAAGAGCAACCGCACAGAGGCCUUGGAGACAGCUUUCAAGCAGACCUUCCACUGCUUCACCCAGCAGCGAAAGCCUCCGCCGUUGGUCUUCAAGGACAUGAAUGCCGAUGCUCACUUGUCCAACCCGGACCAUAUUCGUGAUGUGCUCAAGUACGAAGUCAUGAAGUGUUUGAUCGAAUGCCACAAGGCCGGCGAGGCCGACAAGAAAGGCAAGCACAAUCACUUGGACAAGGUGAUUCCGCCUGGGACCUACCGGUACGAGAUGUAUUGGACCCGAUGCUCGGUGGGGGUCAAGAGGCAGGAGGGCAACGAGAUGAAGCAGAUCGUCUACUUUUCGAGGCCAACUACAUGCACGGGCACGAACCGGGUGUUGGCAAAGUAUUUCGCCUGGGGCUUGGAUGGUUUCUAA